UUUUUUUCUCCAUCCGAAUCCAAACCCAAAAAACACAUAUACAUCUUCUAUAUCUAUAACUAUAUAAAUCUCUCCGGCCAGAUUCCGAUCACCAGAGACGAAACCCAAAAAACACAACCAUGGGACGUGGACUAUUCUCAUGUUUCAAAAAACAAACACCAGACAACACAGCCGCCACAUCAAACGAACCAUCAUUAGCAUCAGGAGGACCGAUAAUAGUGGAGCUAUUUUCAUCACAAGGGUGUGCCACGUCACCAGAAGCAGAGCUACUGUUUUCGAGGCUAGGAAGAGGGGAUUUUAAGCUGGAAGUAGGGGUGAUAUUAAUGGGAUAUCAUGUUGAUUAUUGGGAUUAUAAUGGAUGGAAAGAUCCAUUUGGGUCAGCCCAAUGGACAGUCAGACAAAAAGAUUAUGUGGAAUCUUUGUGUUUGGAUACUAUGUUUACACCACAAGUUGUUGUUCAAGGUAGGAAACAGAUUGUUGGAAACGAUGAAGAUGGUUUGAUUGCUGAGAUUGUUAAUGCUCCUAGAUUCCCUCCUCCUUCUUUUCAGGCAACAUUCGAGAGGCCAACACCAGAAUCCUUGAAAGUCUUUCUAAAUGGAACCUUUAGGGCCAAAUCUGACGGCCAGGGAGCAGACAUCAUGGUGGCACUCUACGAAAGUGGACUUGUAACCGACUGCCAGGGUGGUGACAACAAAGGCCGUAUGCUUGUCAAUGAUUUUGUUGUCAGAAAGCUCGCAAAGCUCUGCUCUGUCAACAAUCAACCUCCCAAGAAGAUGAUAACAGGAACUCUAGAUUUUGGCCUUUGGCAAGGUUUCAACAGCAGCAAAUGUGGUCUUGUUUUAUUUGUGCAGCAACAUGGGUCGCGGCAUAUAUUUGGUUCCCAGCGCAUUCAGCUACCAGCAAAUAUCUGAGUCGAGUUUUACUAACAGAUUGACUUAUUUGUCUGGCCAUUGUUUAUUUGUGUUUACAUGAUUGAUUGAAAUAGAAAAGUAGUACUUCUGAGAUUUCAUUGUACAACUAAAUUUUGGUUAUAGACCCGUUUGUUAGUUUGAGUAGGUGUUUUGUGAAGUUUGGAAUGCUUAAAAUCUUGUUAAUUACAUCAUAAAUACAAUCUAUUACAGCUUUACUGUUCUAA